AUGACAAAAGGAUCACCAGCUUGGAACGAUGUGCCGGAUGACAUUGCCAAUAAGGGUGAAUAUCAAACGAUGCAAUAUCUUGGUCAUGCCAAAGGUGAUGCUCAAUUCAAACAACAUCGUAAUUUGUUCAUCACUGAACAAGACUUUCGUGAUAUCGCUAAUGCCAAAAUGAAUACUGUUCGAAUUCCUGUUGGAUACUGGAUUACUGGAUUUGACAAUAGCGGUGGUGGUGAUCCGAACGGAUGGCAAGUGUUUGCUCCUAAUGCAGUUGGUUAUCUCGAUAAAGCUAUUCGAGAAUGGGCGCCAAAAAACAAUCUGGUUGUCUUAAUUUCAUUUCACGCUGCCAAAGGCAGUCAGAACGGAAUGGAUCAUAGUUCACCAUCUGAUCCAGGCAAAUCACACUGGGGAAGUUAUCCGGAAAAUGUUCGAAACACGCUGGACGCUGUUGAGUGCUGUCUUCUAGUUGUCGCUCCGUUACUCUAUCAGCAAGGUCCACAUGCAAGUGAUUGGAAUAAUUUCAUGCGAUGGCCAAAUUUCAACAAUGUUCGUCAUGAAUGGCAUCGUUAUCAAAUUUGGGGUUUUGAUGGUUGGGACAAGAAGCGACUGAUUGCUUAUGCACAAAAUGAACUAAAAAGUGAUAUACUUGCAUGGACAGGCAAUUGA